GGAAAUCCGCUUUGAGGGUUCAGGGGGGCGGACUCGCCAUAUCUAGUUCGGCGAUAAACCAACGAAAGUCCACAGAAACCAAUAAUCAAAGCUCAAGUUGUAGAUUAUAGAUUCUCAGUGUGUUCGAUAGCGUUGAACAGUCACGAUCGUUUUCAAGAGUUGAAUUCGAGAAUACAUCAAUCAUGUUUGGAAAAACAUUGACUCUACUGACAGUGGCUUUCAUGUACUAUCAGUGUGCCAUCACUGCAGCCCACCAGGAUGACGUGCACACAGUGCAGUACACCGUGGAGAAUUUCUCCACUGAAGUACCAAAAAAAAAUCACUUUAUCAUGUUCUACGCACCGUGGUGUGAACAUUGCCGGAACCUAAGCCCCACGUGGGAAAUUCUUGCUGAACUGCUGAAUGAAGAGAAAGAUGCUAGAGUUCGCAUUGCCAAGGUCGACUGCACGACUGAAAGUUCGAUUUGCAGUAAACAUGAGGUCACUGGAUACCCAACUUUGAAGUUCUUCAAAACUGGAGAAAGCACUGGAAUAAGAUUCCGAGGAACUAGGGACUUGCCAUCACUCAGUGCUUUCAUUAACGAGCAACUGAGCAGUGCGGAGACAGACGAGGCCGAGGACAAGCCCCCAGUUCCUGAACCAGUGAACGGUCUGGUAGAACUCACAGGAGACACCUUCAACAACCACGUGUCAACGGGUAGUCACUUCGUCAAAUUCUACGCCCCCUGGUGCGGCCACUGCCAAAAACUGGCCUUCACAUGGGACAAGUUAGCUCAAGCCAAUAGUCACGACGAUCUCGUCAGCAUCUCCAAGCUGGACUGCACUCAACACCGAUCAGUUUGCGCGCAAUUUGAUAUCAAGGGAUACCCCACCCUUUUAUGGAUCGAGGACGGAAAGAAAAUCGAUAAAUACUCUGGGGAGAGGAGCCAGGAGCAGCUACAGGAGUACAUCAACAAGAUGUUGAAGAAGAACUCUGUUGUACCUGACGACGACAGUCAAGAACCGGCUGAAGACGUAGUGCAAUCUGUCUUCAGUCUGACAGGGGACUCCUUCCAGCAUGGAAUCGAGAAGGGCGUUACCUUCAUCGAAUUCUUUGCUCCAUGGUGUGGCCACUGCAAACGUCUCGCCCCUACUUGGGAGAACCUGGGAAAGAAAUUCAUUGGACGAGAUGAUGUUCACAUUGUCAAAGUCGAUUGCACUUUGGACACUAGCAAACAGCUUUGCGAUGAACAGGAGGUCGAUGGGUUCCCCACACUCUUCUUGUACAAAAAUGGACAGAAAAUUUCUGAGUACAGUGGGUCAAGGACUCUCGAUGAUCUCUAUGAGUUCGUUGAUAAGUACCUGAAGGCUCACGAAGAGCUGUAAUUCCGAAAAGGGACUUUAAAAGCCCUCCAGAAUUUUCCAUCUUGGUUUGAAAGUUCAUUAGGGAAUCUGUCGAUUAAUUGGAAAAUAUUUAUGGAGAACGGUUUUUAAUAUUGAACUGAACUCUUCUGAUAUCAAACUAAAUAACGAAAGAUUUAAUUGAUCCAAGUCUGGAUUCAAACGAAUUUUUAAUGAAUAUUGACUGAAUAUUACGGAAGAUAUUGAGAUGUUGAUGAGAAACAAAUAAUUUUUUGAUUUCGUAUUUUUUGUAGCAUUAUUUGCUACAAUUUUCAUGAAGUAAUCGAUCCACCACCCUCGUCUUUCAUUAUAUCCAGCGCAAUAAAAAAAAUCGAGACAGACAAUUUUUCAAUUCCACUCAGUUAAAGUCUCCAUAUUUUGGAGUUUGUUUUUGUAUCCGAACAAAUCAUAAUCUCCAGUGCUUCCUGAUUCUCGAGGCUUUUCAAGGUCGCGACGAAAAUGGCGAUCCAACUAUCUGCACAAUUGAUGAACAAAUAUUUUUAUUCGUGUUCAUUUUUUCGGUCUUAAUCGCUCGUUUUUUUAGAGUUCAACGAGAUAACGUGAUUAUGAUUCUAGUCUUAAUGAUCACAGAGACCAAUAUUCAUUCCCCAGUAGAUGAUAAAGCCAAGAAUUUUGUAACGAGGACUUAUAAACAUAAAUUGUACGAUUGAUAUUACUACGAAACUAUCGAAUCUUCGAAUGUAUGCUCGUUUACUAAAUUUGUUGAUAACUUUAGUGAAUGAUUGUACCAAUAUCCAUGAAUGUUAUACCUUUUAUACUGUCUCCUGAUGACAAACAUCAGUUUCACAUGUAAUAACAGAAAAUAAAUGGGUACAAAAUCGUA